CCGAUGUAGAUAUAAUGAGUCUUAUUUAUCACAUUUAAUUUUUUCUUUUUAAUUUAUAUUCCUACUUGUCAUGAGUAUUUUAAAUGCAUUAAUUAAAUAAAUUUUCAAUUUCAUUUCCCCUUCCUAUGUGCCAAGCCCACCGGGGUUUUAUAUUGCAGUCAUCCGAUUCCAGACUCCAAACUCAAAUCCUGAUCGGCCACGCUGCUGACUCGCUUCUUCGUCAUCUUCGCCUGUCUUCUCCGCCGCUGUUCUCCGCUUUCCGCCCCCACCUCCGCCUCGGAUCAGAGUGGAUUGGACAACAAAAAUUGGAGCAUGGAGGAACAAACUCUUUUUGACUGAUUCAUAUCACACUGGUCCAUUUGUAAUUUUGUUGGCUUCAGGUUGACUAGGAAACCCAAAAACCAGAGAUUUUUCUUCAAUUUAUAGGUUGAUCCUCACUCUCUAUCUCUAAAACGGUGUAACAUUCAAUUCAGCAUUGACAAUAUUGUGAAGAGGAGAUGAGAAGGCGAACCAUCUAUGUCUGGGGCUUGGCGAUCUUGUGCUUUGUUGUUCUUAUGAUUGUCACUCCAGCCAUUCCUCAGUCUGAAGCUUAUCAUGAUUUCGCUGACCAACGUGAAUUUUUCGGCAUACCAAAUACACUAAAUGUGAUUUCAAAUUUUCCAUUUCUUAUUGUUGGUCUCAUCGGGCUUGUACUUUGCUAUCAUGGGAACUAUUUUAAGUUAAGCUUGCAAGGUGAGCUUUGGGGCUGGACAUUUUUUUUCAUUGGUGUGGCUGCUGUUGGAAUUGGAUCUUCUUACUAUCAUCUCAAACCAAAUGAUGCACGUCUUGUGUGGGAUCGCUUGCCGAUGACCAUUGCGUUCACAUCAAUUAUUGCAAUCUUUAUCAUUGAAAGAAUUGAUGAGAGAAAGGGAACAUUGUCCAUUGUACCCCUACUUUUGGUGGGUGUAAUUAGCAUUUUGUAUUGGAGGUUUUUUGAUGACCUUCGCCCAUAUGCACUGGUCCAGUUUCUUCCUUGCAUUGCCAUUCCGUUAAUGGCAAUAUUGCUGCCUCCAAUGUACACGCAUUCCACAUUUUGGCUUUGGGCUGCAGGAUUUUACCUUUUGGCCAAGGUGGAAGAAGCAGAGGAUAAACCAAUUUACAAAUGGACUCAUCAUAUUGUUAGUGGGCACACACUUAAGCACUUGUGUGCUGCAAUGGUUCCUGUUUUCUUGACGCUCAUGUUGGCAAAGAGGAGUAUUGAGACUGAGAGGCAAAGUUUGUUGAAGACAUGGAAGAUUUCCUGGACCAAGGUCAAAGAAGACGAAGUAAAGGUAGAGACUUGUACAUACUCAACUGUUCCAAUCGAGGAAUCACCAUAAUGUUCAAAGCUCUGUAUACUUUGUGUUUGGACCUUGAUACAACAAACCCUACUAACCAAUAUUCUGAAAAACAUUGUGUCAAUGUCAACGUAGAUAAAAUCUCUACAUCUGCUGUGGGAAUGUGUACAAACUGGGUCACUUUCAGUUAUACAUGUAUAUAGUAACUUUCCAUA